CAAAACCAUCAUUUGUACAUGAGAUCCAAAGUCCACUCCUUUACCACCUGUCUUUCUUACUUGUUUUAUUUAUCAGCUUGUUUUGGCCGGAUUGGAAUCUUCGUUCUGUCUGCAAGCCACUCCCAGACCUCCCUUGCUAGCCUCGCCUGCGAUACCUCUUCAUCGUUGAAUGCAUCCUCUCCCACCCCCCAAUCGAGGCCAGUCCUCUAAAGCUACGCAGUCCCGCGACGAGAGCCAAUCGAGUAUGAGCGCCUCUAGAACCGGUCAACCAUCCUCGUCUCAAGCACCAGGCGAAGCCCGACUCUCCACUGUCUCCACAGCCCAUGUAGAUGGCAAAAAGAAAAGAAAACACCGCGGAGGCAAAAAGAGGAGGAACAGGCGUCAGUCCUUUGCUGCCCCUUCAGAGACCUCUGCAAUGCAAAGUGGGAGGGAUAUACCAACGGACGAUCCGUUGAUCGAAGAGGCUCAAGAGGCUCCCGGUGCACGUCCGCCCUUCUACCAAGCUAACAGAGGCAACAUCAGUGAUGACAGUCUCGACAGUGAGGCGCUCCUAGACCACCGAGACCAACCUACGUUACGUCCUCGGCGGGACAGUCGCAUAACUCCCUUUUUUGCUACGUCGUAUCGGAACUCGCUUUUCCCAAAACUUGAUUCGGGCUCGCAAAAGAGACAGAGAACUCAGCCCGAUGCUUCGAGUUCCAACGCAUCGGACAACGAGGACGCCGAUGACCGCACUCCCUUGGUUUCUGCUGGGCCAAAGCCCAAGACUCCCGUCGAGGCUGGCUAUGGACUUUUUAGGGUCAGGUCUCAUACGUCUACGCUGUCGUCGGCUUCGAAGCAACCGCAAAGAAAGAGGACAAUCGGGACUCCUGGACACUCGUUUCCGAAGUCGGAUCAAAGCUACGAUGUUAACAAUCCACCCUCUGUUCCCCCUAGUCCUAAUCUUGAACCUCACUUUGGUGAUGUCAUGGUCGAUGACGGCAACUUCCUCACGCGUUCACCAGAUAGUCGAAGGAAUCUCAAUGUUGCCAACAAAGAUGCGUUGAUCAUGAUCGAUGCCCAUGGAGACAAUGAACCGAACUCGGCACCACCGAGCCCCAGACUCCGGCCUGGUGGACUUCAACGACAUCGAUCAUUGACGGUGCCAGCUGAGGAAGACGUGUGUUUUCCUACCGAUGAGGUAUCAGAGGUUGGGGACGAGUAUUAUAGCAGAACGCAGCCACAGGAACAGUAUAUCAGUGGCCAACGGCGAAAACGCCGGGAACGAGAGUGGCCAAACCUGUGGGUUCUCGACGAGUGGAGUCGAGAAGAGAAAGAGGCCAGGGAGGCAGGGGAACGGCGGGCAAAGAAGGUCAGCGAACCUGUUUUCGUCGAGGGCAGACUCCGGCCUCAAAAGAACGCCUGGCACCACGUCGAGGAGGACAAGCAAUAUAGAUACACCUAUUUCAACGAAGAAUUUGAAAGCACGAUUCACGCCGAGACGAUAUCGGAAUUGGUACAGCCAGGUGGGACUUUUCGCGAGCUUUUCAUCCCAGAUCCGCCCGAGUUGAUUGAGUCGAGUUCCGAGGAAGACGAUUUGUUGGAGAUCAGUCAGAUCACGGAAACCCCCAGUGCACUGCAAAGUCCCAAAAGCACAACGGCCGUUGAGACCCAGUCGGGAAUGCCCAGCAUUGCGGAGACGACCCAGUUAAAAACUGUGGCCAGUGGAAAGAGUUCCGAUAAGAGCAAGAACUCGGGCACGGCGACACCACAGAAGAAACCUGCUUCUGCUCGGCCUUCCAAGCCGAAGAAGUAUGGUCCGAGACCGACUUUCUGGCUCGAUGUGUUAUGUCCAACAGAUCAGGAAAUGCGGGUUCUGGCGAAAACAUUCGGCAUCCACGCUCUGACAUCGGAAGAUAUCAUGAUGCAAGAAGCCCGUGAGAAGGUGGAACUGUUUCGCAACUACUAUUUCAUCAAUUAUCGAACCUUUGAGCAGGACACCAAUAGUGAGGACUACCUGGAACCCAUUAAUAUGUUUGUCUGCGUUUUCCGAUAUGGUAUUGUCACUUUUCACUUCUCCCAGAUCCCUCACCCAGCAAAUGUCCGAAGACGCAUUCGUCAACUCUCGGAUUAUCUCAUUCUCAGCGCGGAUUGGAUCUCGUACGCCAUCAUUGACGACAUCACCGAUGUGUACGGGCCGCUCAUUACUCACAUCGAAGAAGAGGUCGAUACGAUUGACGACUUGAUACUGCGAGCGUUUCAACACACUGAUGCUCUCGCCGGGGAGCAUGGCCAGAAAAAAUUCGACGAAAAGAAGUCAGAUGCAGGUGAAAUGGGGAUCAGCGGAAUCGACAUGCUCAUCCGUAUAGGCGAAUGUCGCAAAAAGGUCAUGUCACUGUACCGACUACUAGGCAACAAAGCCGAUGUCAUCAAAGGGUUUGCAAAACGAUGUAACGAGCAGUGGGAAGUUGCGCCCAAAUCCGAAAUUGGUUUGUACCUGGGCGAUAUUCAGGACCACAUUUUGACCAUGACGGGAAACUUGUCGCAUUACGAGAUGGUGCUGUCCAGGGCGCAUGGAAAUUACUUGGCCCAGGUCAGCAUCCAUAUGAACGAGAGGCAGGAGAAGACUGCCGACGUAUUGGGCAAGUUGACCGUCCUCGGAACCAUCGUCCUACCCAUGAACAUCGUGACCGGCAUGUUUGGCGGCAAUUUCAAAGUCCCCGGUCAAGACGUGGAUAACCUGAACUGGUUUUGGGCCACCACGGCCGGUCUACUCAUAUUUGGAGUUAUGUGUUUCUGGUGGUGCAAGAAGGUGUAUAAGAUAGUGUGAUACCGCGAGUGACCUGUGUGGAAGAGAUUCGGAACAAACGAAACAGGAGCCUUGUCUGAGAUUGGAUACAGAACGGACUCGGUUUGGUCACCUUGGACACGAAGUAAAGAACCAAGCAGCAAAAGCACGAGUGUAUCAUUCAACACUUCUGGGGAAGUUUUCCACAUAUGGCAAUGUCAAGAGAACCAAAGUUUUGGUCGGAUGGAUGUCGUAUUGUGCAUAUACAUGCGGCCACAAAACGAUGGCCGAUAAUGCUUGUACUAGUACUGAAUACUCCGAAUAUAGAAAGGAGAAGGAGAACGAUGCAGGACAGUCUCCAAGUUCAGGAGGCUACCGGCGCCUUGCAAACCAAGGACCAAAGGCCCACAGCGAGGGCCCAAAUGGUCCAGCACGAGUUUCAUGGCGUUGUGGUGAGGAGAUAGUAAAAGGGGCGUGGGCAGUCAUGAAAUAGCGAGAAAGGAAUUCACGGCUUCCCAGAGGCGCACACCAAUAUUUUGGGUCUGUCGUUGCA